CCUGCACCUGCUGCCGCACUGGCAUCUCAUCACCAACUCAUCAACACUUAAUCCAUUUCACCUCCCCCAACCGGCCCGUCGUCUUGUCCGCUCCUUGGCCACGCAUCUUCUGCUCAUCGACCUCUUCCUUCCACACGGUCCCUGGGGCGUUCGACACCUUUUGACUCUUGUCGCUGAGCUCGCCGUGCAUCACGAGCACCGUCAACACCUUCUCUCUCCAUCCACCACAUUGCCGCAUACGCUGUGCUGAGUGCAUCCUUGCAUAUCCGCUGCGAAAUCCACGCCUUCUCGUUUCCCCCUCGACAGUUACCAUGGUCGGUCUGACUUCAGCAGCCGGCCUGGUGGGCUUCCUGGCUGAGCCGGACCCGGCCUUGCAGAGCUUCGCGCUCCACAGGCUCAACGAGAACGUCGACCUGCUGUGGCCCGAGGUUGCGGUGUCGCUGGGACAGAUUGAGGCGCUGUACGAGGACGACUCGUUCCCCGAAAGAGAACUUGCAGCUCUGGUUGCGUCGAAGGUGUACUACCAGCUUCAGGAAUAUGACGAGAGCAUGCGGUUUGCGCUGGGCGCAGGCAAGCUGUUCAACAUCGACCAGCCGGGCGAGUUCGAGAACACCAUCAUCAUGAAAUGUAUCGACACAUACAUUGCAUUGUCCGUCUUGCACAACCCCCCAACUCCGGCUUCGUCAACAGACAAGCGCGAUCUACAGUUGUCUACAUCCUUCAGUGGCAAUUCUGAAGGUGCCAGUACGUCCGCCGGCAUCACCUCGCCCACCACACCUUUUUCACAGUCGGCUUUGCCAUCGAAAUCGCUCUUGUCAAGGCAAGAUUCGUCAACUUACGAUGCAUCGAUUCCGGGUGGUGGUAACGCUGGCAUCAUAGGUGCUCAUGCUUCGCCUAUGGUGUUGAAGCGAACAGUUCAGAAGAACCUACAGGGCAUAGUUCGCAGGAUCUUUGAGAGCUGCUAUGCAUCAGGCGACUACAGACAAGUUGUCGGUAUCGCAAUUGAGGCCCGGAACCUGGAAGUCCUUAGAGAAGCAAUUUUGGAAGCAGCAAAGGCUGGCAAGGGGAAAAAAGCCGCAGUCUCGGGCGCCGCACAGAAGGGUGAGGAGCUCAUGGAAUAUGUGCUUGACAUCUGCAUGAACGUUGUGCAAGAGCGUGGCCUACGCAAUGAUAUUCUUCGCCUCAUUCUGGACCUGUUGAAUGAUAUUCCGAAUCCAGACUACUUUGCGAUUGCCAAGUGCGUGGUCUAUCUCGGGCAGCACUCGAUGGCGUCGAACAUGCUGAAGCACUUGGUAGAGCGCGGCGACGGCAAGUCACUAGCCAUUGCAUACCAAAUCUCCUUUGAUCUGUACGACAACGGGACGCAGGAGUUCUUGGGCAACGUUAUCGAUGAGCUUCCAGAGACAGAAGAAGCCAAAGAAGAAGGGUCAGCACCUCAUGCGAACGGAAGUAUCCCACAUCCUGCCUCCGCGAACAGCGAGUCUGGAGCAGAACCGAAAGAAACGGAUCAGCUGCUUACUGAAGUCGAGCAGCAGGAGGCUAAGACGAUGGUGUCACGCACCAAACAGAAGCCGGCAUCCGAUGAAGAAAAGAAAGCCUUCACAUUGAUCCGGCACAUUCUGCGCGGCACGAAGAGCAUUGAACUUAAUCUUGAAUUCCUCUACAGAAACAAUCACACAGACAAGACGGUGCUGAACAAGAUUCGGGACAGCCUAGAAGCUAGGAACUCCAUCUUCCACACGGGUGUCACCUUUGCCAACGCUUUCAUGAACUCGGGAACCACUAACGACUCAUUUUUCCGGGAGAACUUGGAAUGGUUGGGCAAAGCUGUCAACUGGUCCAAGUUUACCGCAACAGCUGCGUUGGGUGUAAUUCAUCGUGGUAACAUCACUCAAGGCCAAAAACUGCUCGAGCCUUAUCUUCCUCGCGAGCAGUCGAUGAGCAACUCUGUAUACAGCCAGGGAGGUUCCCUCUUCGCCCUUGGUCUAAUAUACACGAACCACGGAACGAACGUCCUCGAGUACCUGCGAACAAACUUCAACCGUGCAAAUGAGGAAGUUGUCCAACAUGGUGGUGCUCUAGGUUUAGGUCUUGCUGGUAUGGCGACUGGCUCCAAACAAAUCUACGAGGAUCUGAAACAAGUUCUCUACACGGACUCCGCCAUCAACGGUGAAGCUGUUGGCCUGUCAAUGGGAUUGGUAAAUCUCGGAACUGGCAACAUCGCAGCCCUGGAGGACAUGAUCCAGUAUGCUCAUGAUACUCAGCAUGAGAAGAUUGUCCGAGGUCUUGCGCUUGGCAUGGCUCUUGUUAUGUAUGCCCGUCAGGAGGCUGCAGAUGAACUGAUUAAUGGACUACUCGAGGAUCCGGACCCAACUCUGCGUUACGGUGGCAUAAUGACAAUCGCCCUGGCAUAUUGUGGUACUGGUAGCAACAAGGCUGUGAGAAAACUCCUGCACGUCGCUGUGAGCGACGUUAGCGACGAUGUCAGGCGCGUUGCAGUUAUGAGCUUAGGCUUUGUGCUGUUCAGAAAACCCGGUAGCGUGCCACGCAUGGUCGAAUUGCUUGCCGAGUCGUACAACCCCCAUGUUCGAUAUGGCGCGACGAUGGCCUUGGGCAUUGCAUGUGCAGGGACUGGUCUGGACGAGGCAAUCGAUCUACUCGAGCCCAUGAUGAAAGACUCCGUGGACUUUGUUCGUCAGGGUGCCUUGAUCGCUCUGGCCAUGAUCCUCGUCCAGCAAAACGAGGCAAUGAAUCCUAAGGUUGGCACGAUCCGCAAGCAGCUCGCCAAGGUGAUAGCGGAUCGACAUGAGGACGCAAUGGCUAAAUUCGGCUGCGCCCUCGCCCUUGGUAUUAUUGACGCUGGUGGUCGAAACUGCACCAUUGGCCUGCAGACACAAACUGGAAACCUCAAUAUGACUGCCAUUGUUGGCAUGGCUGUCUUCACGCAGUACUGGUACUGGUUCCCACUUACUCACUUCCUGUCUCUGGCUUUCAUACCCACGUCCAUCAUCGGUGUGGAUCAAGAUCUAGAGAUCCCAAGCUUCAAGUUCCACAGCAACACGCGCCCCAGCAUGUUCGACUAUCCACCUGAGCAAGAGGUCAAGACCGAAGAGGCCCCUGAGAAAGUCAAGACGGCCGUUCUAUCAACGACUGCCCAGGCUAGAAGGAGACGACAAGCCAAGGAAAGACAAGCACGUCGGGAGAGCAUGUCCAUGAGCAUGGACAUAGAACAAACACCCACCACACCAAAGGUAUCAACCGACGAUGACAAGAUGGAUACCGAUGAGAAGGAAGACAAGAAGGGAGAGGAGGAUGCGAUUGUAGAGACAAGCAAGAAGAAAACUGAGAAGGAGAAAGUGGGCUAUGAUCUAGAGAACAUGUCGAGGGUUUUGCCUGCACAGUUGAAGUACAUCAGCUUCCCAGCUGGGCGGUACGUACCUGUCAAAAAGCCAACGGGAGGCGUUAUACUCCUGCACGACACGCAGCCUGAUCAGCCGAAAACGCUCGUCGAGCUUAAGGUCAAGAAGACGACGGUUCAACCGGCGCCCACACGUGACAAUGCAGCGGCCGUGGCUCCGCAGACACCAGUUCAACGGUCUGCGUCAAGAAAUGCACCGGGCUCGCUUGCGGCUAUGCUUACACUUGCAGCUGUAGAUGAGGACAACGACGAAGGAGAGGAAGCCGAAGUGCCAGGAAGUUUCGAGUACGAGACAGACGAUGAGGGAGAAGAUUAAUGGCAUUUAUCUUGGGGCGAAAAACAAACUUCGGCAUUUGUCUUAUCUAGCAUCCGCUCCUUCAGCCAUUGCUUUAUUUGAUAAGGAGUUUGCUAUUUCUUCUUCGAGGGCUGUUUUUUUAGACCCUGGGCCUUGGUAACCUAUGUGCGUGUCUACGCGUGUAAUAUAUCAGCAUCUGGGCAAAGCCACAUGUCCUGCUCUGGUAGAGAUUGGAAGGCCGAAUACAAGUGGUUGUUACUUUGCUUGCCUACGGUGUGCUUGCUACUUGGUCUAAGAGUGGCAGCCUAUUUCCCCCCUUUUCUCAAACCUGGAACAUGCAGCUGAAUCAACUCAAGAGCCUGAAUGACCUUCUCGUCCUCAUAACGCCGACCAACGAGCUGCAAACUGACGGGAGCAUCGCGGUACAUCUCUGGCUCAUCUGUGUCACCCAGGUUAAUUUUUG